AACUACCAGCAACAUGCUAACACAUUUGUCUGCCCAUCAUGGAAUUAAGUACCAAGAAUGUCAUGUGUUCGAUCGCCUGCGUACGAAUGUUAACGUAUCCCUUACGUUAACAUUAAGGAUACACUGAUAACGUAUUUUAUAUGCCUUUUAAGAAAAGGAGUGUUAAGCAAUAAUUUAAAAUGUUAAAUCUAGUUCAAGCUUGCAGUAACUUAAAUCAACAAUAUGUCAUCGUGGCAUACAUUACUAUUUUUCUAAAGAGGACUUGUAUGUGCAUUGUUACUUCAUUUACAAUAUCCUUUUUAAGAAAAGAUAGAUAGGUAGAUAGAUACUUUAUUGAUCCCGAGGGAAAUUCAAAAAAAUUAGUGUUAAGCUGUCAUUUAGCAUGUUCAAGUUUUAAAUGUCUAUUCCUGUUUUUAUGACUUAUUGUAUCAGUCUAAUUUAUGUAGACUAUAUUUUCUUUCUACACUAUAUCUUGUCAGGGUGGUGUUCAGUAUGUUCGAGUUGAAUAUGUUCAUAUGUUCAUUUGGUGUGUAGAACUUUUUUGUCAUUCAGUGAACUACUCAGCAAUCGAUAAGAGCAGCAAUAACGGAGUUUGACUGACGCUGAAACCAAUCUAACUAAAUAUGAAAAACAUCUUACAUUUAAUGUACAGAGGUAAAAUAUUGCUUGCUAUCGUUAAGUAGCCGACUGUGUAUAAAUGGACUGACUCACCUAAAUGUUCUACACGCACUGUGGAUGACGACGUACGCUUUAUAUGAGAUAUGGUCAAAUUGCUGAAGUAUCAUGAAGAGUCAUUGGCUAAAGUUGGAAAAUGCUGCAACCCGAUUGGCUGCAGUGGCUGUCAUAUAAUCUCUGGCAAUACAUUUAACCACUGACCUACUAACACAGAUCCAUGAGUCAGUAGCCACCUUGAGAGGAAAAAGCUUGGGAGGAAACCUACGUUCUUCGCCACAUGUAGGAUUUUAUCGAGAUCCUUAUUAGUAGCUUGUGCUUUAGCGUGUGCUUUAUCCGCGGUGUGGAAAACCGGACCAACCAUCCAUCCAAGUGGUGGCAAAGAUUUCCUCCAUCUAACUGCAUUAAUCCAAAGGAGCAGUUACUAUUGCUGUAUACAAGCAUUAUGGUGUACAGUUAAAGACUGCUGACCAUAUAUACAGAAGCCCACAGCAAUAAUAAUAUGCAAUCAAUUAAACAAGAGGUGGACUCCAGUGAGUCGUACAUUGGAGAGGAGGCACUUGUCCUAGCUGUGGCCCUUCAAGGGGCUAACAAAGACCUGAUAAGCCACAAAAUCUCUUCAAUUCCACUCAAGGCUAAAACUACCUGUCGCAGGAAAAGGGAGUUUAUCCCAGAAGAGAAAAAAGACACCCUUUACUGGGAGAGGCGUCGCAAAAAUAACGAGGCAGCUAAACGCUCCAGAGAGAAGCGGCGAAUAAAUGACAUGGUACUUGAGAACAAAUUAAUGGCCCUUGGAGAAGAAAAUGCCUCCCUCAAGGCUGAGCUGCUGUCAUUAAAACUGAAGUAUGGCCUGCUGAGCUCAGCAGCAUAUGCCCAAGAAGUCCAGAAGUUAUCCAGCUCCACUACUGCCAACCUCUAUCAGGAGUUUGCCCCGCCAAGAGCUAGCCAAGGUUCCAGCAGGGAUCCGGAGCCUCUUCUGCGCAGCAGCUGCAUAUCAGUCAUUAAGCAUUCACCUCACAUGCCUGAGACCCGUAUUACAACUCAGGGUAGCUUCAGUAUCUGCAGGUCUGUAGAGGUUAAGCAAGAACCAGCAGAGAAUGGCAGCUAUGCACAAGAGAGGAGGAGUCCCUAUGAACUCUAUAAAAAUUACAUUGUCAACCCUUUGUCUGGAGCCUGCUCCCAGCCUGCAUCAUUUCUACAGAACACCGGGUCAUCCAGUAACUCCCCCAGGAGCUCAGAUGAUGGUGCUGUGAGCAAAUCAUCAGAUGGUGAGGAUGAGCAGCAGGUCCCCAAAGGGCUGAUGUCAUCUGUAGCUGACCCAAGAAGUGUCAUUGUCUCCACACACAAAGUGCCAGAUGUUAGUUCUUCAGCUUUGCCCCAUAAGCUGCGGAUCAAAUCCAGAACCAUCCAAAUCAAAGUGGAGGCCACUGAUCCUGAAUAUGAGUCUUCUGGAAAGUCAUUCUCUCCCGUCAGUUUUUCAGAUGGAGGAUACUACCAGACCACUCAGGACUCUACAGAAUACACCCAGUCCUUCCCAUGCCCUUUGUCAUUACAGGUCACCAGUAUGCAAGACUGGACUCACCGGUCUGAAAAGUGGCAUAAAAGCAGCACAGAAACAUUACAGAAUGGCUGCAAGAGUAGCAGCCUAAUGUGUAGCCCUGUCUCAAACAAAACUGGUGUGGAUGUUAAGGAACCCUCCUAUGCACAGUCAGAUGCUGAGAACUUGUAUUUUGAACAGAGCCUUGGUGACCCAUCUGCAAAAAUGGCCUCUCUGAAUAGACUGAUCAAAACACAGCAAGGGUCAGUGAUAGAGCCAACCAAAAACACCACUGAUCAUUAUGAGUCAUUAUCAGAAGGAUGUUCCUCUAAAUGACAUUUGUAUUCUCUCCAUUUAUACUGUAUUUGCUGUAGCACUGUGUGAUUUUAGGGUUAAACAAUAUUUCCAUUACCGUAAAUUUUCAAAUGAAUGUUUCUCCAAUAAUAGCUGGUGUACCACAAACAAAAGCUGUUUGCUAAUAAAGGCUGAUUAAAAAAUAUUGAGGAGGGGUUGAAGUACAAGUACUGUAGUAGUUCACUUCAGUAUAACAUACAAUAUCACAGCACUGAUCCUGUCAGUACAUCAACAGUCAUGUCAUACUCACCACUCUGCAGAGUUUAUUUUUUUUAAUAACUACUUUUUUCACAUGUUGCCUCCAUUAGCUUUCAUGUUGGCAUUUUUCAGCAGCUGAUAAGUUACAAUAAGUAAAACUUAACGUGCUUUUUAUGUAAAUAAUCUGAGCACUAAAUGUUGAGUUUAAUUGGUGACUGAAAACAGUAUUUCUGAAUAAAUUGUUCAAUUGUCAAGUUGUUAUUAUAAAUUAAAGCGCUGAGAUGUACUUUAUAUUCAGUAUAUUCAUUGCAGUUUGUUUCUCUUUUCCUUAAAAUUGAAUUUGGUAAUUUUUUUAAAUAAUGUAGGAUGGGAUGGGAACUGGCAAAAGAAAAUAAUAUAAAGACUUGAAAUGAUUUAGAAAUGUCUCCAUUUGCACCAUUAAAAAUACUAAGUACUAAGUACUAAAGAUGUUGUUUGGCUUAAACUCUUCACUUGCCAUGCCACUGGCUCUAACUUAUGUUGCAUUGUUUACGUCACCAAAGGAAGAGCUACAUGUAAUUUAAUAUGUCCAAUCAGCAUAGCCAUCUAGUUGGCUGCAUCAGUCUACUGGUAUGUUUAUGUCGCACAGAUCUUUUAGUCAAUGGAAGUCUGGAAACAGACUUCCAUUGACUAAGAGAACAUGAAACACUGCAGCCUGUGAUUGGCCUGAAAAAUAGGUUGUAUAUGCCUUCAAGAACCCCAUUUAAAAUUGUCAGAGUUCUCACCCCUGAUGUAAUAUGGUUGUUGUACAUAUCCAUUUCUAUGUUGGUGUUGUGACAGAAACAGUGGUUGGAAAUGGCCAUUCUUCUGCUUUAGAAGGAUGUUUAAGUGUGUUUUAUUUUAUGGGUUUGGAAUUUUUGAACAAUUUACAAGACCUUUCCUGGAAAGAACUAUGUAACUUGGUACUAAUAAUAACUAAUAAUUGAACAUAUGGAAAUUUAAGUUUCCGAUUAUCACUGAAUAAUGAAUUUAUGUUUAAUUGACUUUAAAUAUUUAAUACUUCCCAUAUUUUGUUGGAGAAUAUUUCCUAUUUUCUCUAUAGUCAAUUACAAAUUAAUAACACUUUUCUAAUCUAGAGAAUUAUGGACACAUAAUAUUCAGUAUUUCUGUUCUGUCCUGAUUGACUGUGUUAAUAAACUUUAUCACUUCAGUAAUCAGUACUGUAUUUAUGUACAUGUUGAAAUCUAUGACACUGUCACUAUAUUCCAGCAGUGAGCUGAACAACCUAACUGACACCACAAGCUUCAUCAUCUCUGCUGUAGUUCAAAACAUCUAAAAGUUAUGGAGAUUGGCACUGCUACAGUACAGGUUCAGUGUUUGCCAAAUAGCCCUUGCCUCUUCAUUGGUUUUUAUUGGAUUUUUGCUGUUUGUUUAAACUUUUCAGACUGCUGGUUAAACUGAUAAUGUGCAUGAGAGUGGAUGGAGAAUUGCCAUCUGAUGGAUCUGACAAGAGUGUAACCAUAACCAUAUAUUGUAAACCUGCGACAUAUAUUCUAUUCCCAAAUUUUUACAAUUUAUAGAGAAUUAACAUUUCUAUUGUAAAAAUCCCUCCAGGGAGAAUUAUAACCUUUCAUUUCUUGUAAUUGCAGUUUUAAAUGUUAUGAAAUCUAGAUCUAUCUGGGUACUAUCAAAUGGUUUAUUAAUUUCUUUUAGUCAAUUGGGGUGAUUUACAUCAUAUGUUGUGAUCCUGUCUGAAGUCAGUGUAAAAAUACAUGCUCCAGUCAGUUUAAAGGACACCAAAUAAUGCAGUUAAUUUCAAAAGAAUAAUGUGUACAUUUGUUGCCAUAAAUAGGAAUAUCUCAUAAUCUCGAUCCAUGAUCAUGAUGGUGAGAAAUCCAUUUACUGAGCAGCCUUAAGUCCAGCUACCUGUAUCAGAACACUUUUAAAUUUACUGUAAUGGUGAGUUUUGUUUCCAAUAAAUGUCUUGUCACUGAA